CGGAGACAGGAGAGCCCCUGGGAAGUCGUCGACAGCAAGAGUGUCGAACCGGUCUCUAUUUGGGAUGACGAAGAGGUCCAGUCACGACCGUUCCCAGAUCUGGAGAUAAUAUAUAUUCAUGACACUCCCGUCACCCGAACGUAUGUUUUCGACAUCAAAAAGGAGAAAGACUUCGAGAACGCCCUCUCCUUCGCCCAGCAGCAGCUUCUGCAGGAGGUGCGCACCAAGGGCUACAAUGUGCUGUGGCAUGAGAGUUGGCGGGUGACCCUGUUCCGGAAGGGAAAGAAACAUAGAGUCGAAGUUCGCUACUCGGGCAGA